GAAUGUAUUCAAAUACUGGCGAUGCUGCCUGCUUCUGUCCAUCUAACUAUGUUGGGGAUUUAUGUGAAACUUAUAGCCCACCUCCUACAGUCCCUUUAGCCACUGAUGCAAAUCCUCCACUUGGAACGACUGCAAAUCUUCCACUUGGAACGACUGCAAAUCCUCCACUUGGAACGACUGCAAAUCUUCCACUUGGAACGACUGCAAAUCUUCCACUUGGAACGACUGCAAAUCCUCCACUUGGAACGACUGCAAAUCUUCCACUUGGAACGACUGCAAAUCUUCCACUUGGAACGACUGCAAAUCCUCCACUUGGAACGACUGCAAAUCUUCCACUUGGAACGACUGCAAAUCCUCCACUUGGAACGACUGCAAAUCCUCCACUUGGAACGACUGCAAAUCUUCCACUUGGAACGACUGCAAAUCCUCCACUUGGAACGACUGCAAAUCCUCCACUUGGAACGACUGCAAAUCCUCCACUUGGAACGACUGCAAAUCCAGUAUCGACCACGCCAGGCUAUGCUUCAAUUGCAGGCUUCGUACUUAAACCUAUAUCAGCUCAGAAAUUUGGGCAAAGUUUCACUGUCGUGUGGGACAUGACCGCUGGUACGAGUGUCACAAUUGCUGUAUCAUACAACGGUAUCCCAUGCUGCAAUGCAGGGCCACUUACCAACACUGGCGGCCAAUGCGAUUGUCUGAUAUCCGAUCCAGGCCUCUUUGACCCAGAUGGCGUGGUGAAUAUUAGUGCCAUAGCUUCAAAUUUAGCGUCCAGUUCUCCCACAUAUAUCGAAGUCGAAGUUUUAAAAGUUAUCACCCAAGUGUCUUUCACAAUGUUAACAAGCUACUCAGACUUUGGGGUAAACAUCGAGGGUCGUGGGAGUCAGCGAAAUGUAUUUCCAGCUGAACAUCCCGUGAAGUUCAAUUGCUCGUAUGCAGGAGGUCCAGUUACGACUGUGUCUUGGGUGUUCAAUUGCGAUGCUGAUGGUACGAUCUCUGAGUCUCAGUCCUUUUUCGACAAGAUCUUUCCAAGCAAGACGAGUCAGAACUGCCAAAUUACCCUGAAACUAGAGAACAGCAUCAAUUCAACAUUAGCACACGGUAGCAUUGAACUUAAGGAAAGUUUUAUUCUGAAAAGUCUAACGAGCGACGGUCCUGUGAAAGAAAACCAAACCAUCACGUUUACAAUUUCGCUGGAAAAGUUCGGCACCCAGACUUGUAUGUGGGUUGAUUUAGGAGACAAUAGUUCUCUCCUGGUGUUUGGUGAUGCCUCGUGUACCACAAAGUUUGAUGUUACUGCGAUUAACCCGAAUAUCUUGACUGUACCUCGUUUCAAGUUUUUCCCGAAGGCUUCAGGUACACAGGAGAUCGUCGUCCAGCAUGUCUAUCUUAACAUUGGCUCUUAUGACGUCAGGAUGAACGCGUCAAAUGAGGUUUCCAUGGUAACAAAAGACAUGAUCGUCGUUGUCAUGGCCUACGUUUGCCAUAAUCCAAACGUCACAAUAACAGGUUUAGCUCCAAAUACAUCCAACGUCUUAAAUGCGGCUCAAGUAUACCGCUCAGUCGUCAUUUCUUUGUCCACCCAGAACGACAUUGAUUGUGAGAACACAGAACGAACAAGGGCAACAUGGAGUGUGUUUAAAUUUGACGACGACCCUCGCGAAAUGAGAACAGUUCCUGUAUCCAGUUUAGCGAAGUCCCUUUAUCACUCCGGUAUUUCCACCCGGGAUCUUUUACUGCCCGGAAAUGAUUUACCCUACGGUUUCUAUGAGAUCAGUGUCCGGGUCGAGAUGAAUGGUUUGCCAGAUGUUUUUGGAAUUGACAAAUUUUACAUCCAAGUGGUUCAAACUCCCUGGCUUAAAGCUGCUGUGGUGGAAGGAUCCUUCUAUACCGCACCUUUUGGCUUCCAGGGAUCCCUAGAUUCCUCUGCAUCUUCAGAUCCGGAUUUUGCUGGUACAGACGGCAUGAGCUUCGUUUGGUAUUGCAGGGAUGUCGACGAUAAAGAGUUCGUUCCAAGCAAUCUGACUCGAGAACCACUUGUCUCCGAGGCUGACGAUGUACUUCUGCCUAUCAAUGCGUCUCGUGGCUGUUUUGGAUCAGGUCGUGGUAGAAUAGAUACUUCAAAUUCUACACUUUUGCUGGACACGAAUAACAUGAUGGAAAUGAAAACAUACGAAAUUCUGCUCGUUGUAUCGAAGACUCAUCCAGAGUUUGGUCUCCGUCAGGCGAUGACAACAAUCUUCUUUCACGUCUCAAGUGGUUUCCCCCCAAAGCUGCAGACGAGCUGCUCCAAAAACUGUAAAUCAAAAAUCAUUCCUGACGAGAAGACCAUCCUGCACUCAGACUGUUCAGCAUUUUGUACAGGAGAAUUGGUGUUUAGUUGGGCUUUAUAUCUGUACGGUGACAUUGACGAGCCUGAACCGCUGAAUUUGUCAGCGUUGCAUGAAAUCCCACCCAAGGACUUUCAAAAUUUGGUAUAUAAUCCAAUCAACGAGCUGGCUCUGGCGAUUAAACCUAACGCGCUGCAAAGCGGCAAAAAAUAUACGCUGGCAUUUCGGGCGUCGCGUCCAACUGGAGUGAUUGGGGAACAGAGAACUACUCUUCGUGUGAAUUCACCGCCCUCUGGUGGCACGUGCUCCGUUACUCCUUCGUCCGGUAUCUCCCUUUCGACAAAUUUCACUUUCUCUUGUGAGGGAUGGUCCGACUCUGAAUCACCGCUGACCUACAAGUUCUUCUACGGAAGCAACCAGAGCAAGACACUGUUCUAUUAUCGUACAAUUGCAUCUGGUGUGAGCAUCAGCCACACUGAUUGGCUGCCAAGUGGAGAGGAAAGUAACAAUUACACCUUAGCUGUCUCCAUGGAAAUUGCAGAUGCGUUCGGAUCAAGUUCAAUCGAGCACUUUCCAAUACAAGUCAGUCCUGCUCCAACAGGAGAACUGAAUUUGACUGAAAUAACCGAUAUAUUUCACCAACAUGUAAAAAAUGGAGAUACUACAGCAGCCAUAGGUCUGGCUUCGGAGUUAAGCUCCACUUUGAAUGCUCUCGGAUCAAGCGCUGGCAAAUCGUCAGAAGAACAGAAAACACCUGGACAGGUACGAGAAGAAAUGCUGACGUUGAUAACUAAAAUGAAGCCAAAAGAUAUGUCCGCAACCUUACAAAUCAGCGGUUCUGUUCUCUCACUUGUUGGAGAAGCUGACCAGUUAACCGAAAAGGCACAGGAUGCGGCGUUGUCGGUGGCUGAAGUUCUGACGAAUAAACUGAAGAAUUUAACGCAGAACGAUUCGGGAUUUAAAAACGUCAAAUCUGGAGUGACGAACGUUCUUGGAACACUCGGUUCUUUGAAUAGUGGUGGAUCAAAGGAUUCCGGAUCGCUUUCCAAAAACGAUACAGUCACCGCGGGAAAUGUUCAGCGUACUUUCGAUUCGGUCGAGAAACUUCAAAGUGUCUUGCUGGAUUAUUUGGUAUCAAACGAAGGUCCGAGCAACAUCGAAACAAAAACGCUUUCAAUAAACGUGGAGAAAGUAGCUGCUUACACUUUCGGAGAGAAAGAAAGCGAACUAAAAGGAGCUCGCUUCAAACCUCCGUCGGGCUCUGCCUUUGGCUUAGGCGAUGUUCUUUCAAAUCCCAACAACUCUUUUCUUCAAAUGCAGCCCAUUGACACCAAGGUUGCUUUAUUCGACAAGAAUCCUUUCACUUGGGACAGCUCGAGUCAAAACGUCACGUCCAACGUGAUUGAUAUUGUAGUUGAAGCAAAGAGCCUCAACAUCUCAUCUUCCAACCUUACGGAAGAUAUUACCGUCACAAUCACCCGAGAUCCAUCAUUGAUUAUGGAUGCAAACAAUUCGUUCUACCUAAAACCUCUUGAAAUGAAUGAAACGAGCAAAACAAGAGACUAUUUGAAGUUCCAUUGCUUUACACGACGGAGUAACUACACCGCUAUGAAUUUCGAAAUGAAACCUGAAGACGUUGGAAUAACUUAUAAUGUAUUCCUGAAGAAAGGUGGAAAACCCGACAUCAAAGCAGGAGAUUACGAGUUCGUUUACAAACUGCCAGACUUCAGUACUUGUAAAGUUGGUAACGACAGCGUGUUUACAUCUCAAUCACAGUCGGGAAACGCUGAACCUGUUCAUAUUGACCCAAGCAAAUGUGCAAAAGAUCCUUACACAGUGUUCGUAUCGAAUUUUGAUUUCAACGGUACUGGGGAGUAUUGUUUUGCUGUACAACACACUGAACAAUUCAAGAAUGAAACUUACCCUAAUCCGGAGUCGUCCUUUAGCUCUCGAAAUCGGCGUUCAGUUUCCUGUGAAGUUGGCGCCAGACGUGUUCGUCGUUCGUGUGUCAUUAUCCCCCCUGCCCCACCGAAGCCAACUGACCCUCCUGGAAAGCUUAAGAUCCUCGUGGCCGACAAUCUAGGCUUUGAUGGCAAGUUCUUUCAUCCCAACCAAACUCCGAACUACAACCUGACCAUGUUCGAAUCGAGCUGUAUAUUCUGGGAUGUUGUCAAUGAGACAUGGAAAGGUGAAGGCUGCAAGGUUGCAAUAGGAACGAACAGAGGACAAAUCCUCUGUUCCUGUAAUCACUUGACGUCGUUUGGAAGUGAUCUUCUUGUUGCUCCAAACCCAAUUGACUUCGACUCGGUCUUCAGUAAUUUCGGAAGUCUUGCUGAGAAUGUCGCUGUGCUGGCUUUGAUAUCGACCAUUCUUGGUUUAUACAUCAUUGGAGUGAUCUGGGCAAGACGAGCGGAUAAAAAAGACUUGCUAAUGGUUGGUCCGACGAUCCUUCGAAAACACCGUGGAAACUAUCACUACCUCAUCACUACUGCCACAGGUAGCAGACAGGGGGCUGGUACUACAGCAAGGGUUGUGUUUACGAUGACAGGCGACGAAAACGAAACACUACCAGUUUGGUUACACGAUCGAGAAAGGCCAUGUUUCGAACGAGGUCAAACCAACUCUUUUGUAGUUUCGUAUCCUCAUGGUGUUGGCGAUUUGAGCUAUAUUCAAAUGUGGCACGAUAACUCAGGUUCUUCGCCAUCUUGGUAUCUCAGUCGGUUGACCAUCAAAGAUCUUCAAACAGGUGUAACAUGGAGAAUGGUUUGUGAAAAUUGGUUGGCUGUUGAAUCAGAGGACGGGAAAGUUUGUCGAAUACUGUCUGUGGCCAACGAAGAGGAAUUGACAAGCUUCAAUCAUGUCUUCUCGAAAAAAGCUAUCAAGGGUCUUGCAGACGGCCAUAUAUGGUUCUCCAUUGUAUCCAGACCUCCCACAAGCAAUUUCACGCGCGUCCAACGUCUCUCAUGCGCUCUUUGCUUGCUGUGUUGCACGAUGAUUACAAGCGCCAUGUUCUAUAACAUGGGAGGCCAGGGUCCAAGUCCUUUCGCUGUUCAAAUUGGUUCGUUGGUUAUCGACCUAAAGCCGUUUGUGAUUGGUCUGCAGAGCAGCAUCAUCAUUGUCCCAGUGAAUGUUCUAAUCGUGCAGAUUUUUCGCAAUCUCCGACCGAAAAAAGAAAAACCGAAGAAAACAGCCGUUUACGAGAUAGAGAAACACGCCGAAGAGGAAGGCGCAAUAAAAGAGAAUGAUACAGUCGAAGGAGUUCAUAUUGAAAACCAAACUCCACCAAAAGGCAAACUUCCAUAUUGUUUUAUCUACAUGGUCUACGCUAUUUGUUACCUCGCGUCUGCCGCUUCGAUUUUUUUCACAUUGCUCUACAGCAUUCAGUGGGGAAAGGAGACUUCAACAGAAUGGGUGAUUGCCAUGGUUACAUCAUUUUUCCAAUCAGUGUUGCUUCUUCAGCCAAUCAAAGUCGUUGUUGCCGCUGUCGUGUUUGCGUUGUUUAUCAAGAAAGCAGAUGACAGCGAGGAGGAGACUGGUAACGAGGGACUGGUGAUCAAUAAAUCUGACGUGGCGGAAGAAGAAUUGGCUGCACGAAACUUGGCGGAGUUGGAACGGAAGAUGGGAGCCAUUGGCAAACCCGUAGGAAAAAUAAAAAAAUAUUACAGUCCUCCAAGUGCGGCCAAGCUGCGGAAAGCGAGAGAAAAACGCCUGAAAGAGAUCAAGAUGAACGCUGCUUUGAAAGAGAUGUUUGCAUUCUUUGUAUUUCUCAUAUUGCUGAUGGCCGUAGCCCAAUACCACAGACAUCCAGACACGUUUUUAUUAACGAAAACUUUGUACGAGACUUUCGAAGAGGUUGAUGCCUAUGGACUUGACCUAGCUGCAAUCUCCGAUACAGAUUCUUUAUGGAUGUGGGCACGUGAAACGCUCAUCCCAGGACUUUACGCGAAUGAGUGGUACAAUGGUAAGAAAAUAGAGAAAGGAUGGCUCGCGAAUAUUGAAGAUAACCUCGUGGGUGUCCCGCGUGUAAGACUACUUCGCGUGAAAGAGGAUUCGUGUCCAGUCUCCAGCUACUUCAAAGAUGUCAUCCCCCAUUGCUACAGUGGGUACUCUGUGGGGGAUGAGGAAGAUGAAAAUUUUGAAGUAAGCUGGAAACCACUGCACGAGGGAAAGUCCCGAAGACGUCGAGCUAUUGCAGAGCCCAAGACCGAGUCUGAAUGGACGAAACGUUUGUUCAACGUGGACGAAGUCGAACACGAUGGCGUGAAGAUUCGGCGUAAAAGAGGACUGGAUCCAAUCAUGGGUGGACUGAGCGGCAAAAAACGACGAAAGAAGAAGCGUUUGCUGGCCAGCGCUAAACCAAAGGAGUAUGUCGUGAACGACAAUGCGUUGUUACCAGAUGGUAAAGUGUUGUCGUGUCUUGAAAGAUGGAAACAUCAAUCAAUGAUAGAUCUUCGAGGAUUUCCAUACUGGGGUACAAUCACUAUGUACAGCGGUAGCGGCUAUGCAGCAAACCUUGGUUAUGACACUGUCACUGCUUACACUGUGGUUGCUGACUUGCAUUCGAACGGCUGGAUUGAUGUCCAGACACGUGCUGUGUUUGUAGAGUUCACCGUAUACAACGCGAAUGCAAACCUAUUUGGCAUCGUUUCGUAUUUUGUGGAAUUUCCACAAUCUUCAGCUGCCGUCACCAGGGCCCAAUACCAAGUUGCGCGGUUUUAUCUUCACCUCAGUGGCGGUCAAACUCUGGCUCAUGUCCUGGUCAUCUUCUUCAUGAUGUAUUUUCUCUUCAGGGAAGGAAAACUUGUUUACAAACAACGCUGGUCUUACUUUAAAGGUUUCUGGAAUUGGGUUGAAGUCAUCCUGAUUGUCAGCGAAUUCCUAUUGAUCGUCUUAUUCCUGGCACGUCUUUACGAAGUUGAUAGAAAUCUUCUUCAGCUACGGGAGAAUCCAAAUGAUUACGUUGGUUUCCAAUAUGCUGCGAAUGCAGACGCCAUGAUGACCUACAUCCUUGGUGUCCUUGUGUUCUUCUACAUCUUACGUUUCUUGCGAUUGUUGAGGUUCAACAAAAACUUCCUUGUCAUCGGGAAAACAUUGGAGAGAAUAAGCUCGCCGAUUAUGAGUUUUUGCUUACCUUUUAUCGCUGGAUUCUUCGCAUUUGCCCUUCUCGCCUUCGCUAUGUUCGGUUCUGAACUUGAAGAGUACAGCUCGUUUAUAAGGACAUUGUCGACUCAGUUGAGCAUGCUUUUAGGAGAUUUUGACUUUGAAGCCAUCUUCAUGGUCAACCCCACCGUAGCAACACUGUAUUUCUUUUCAUUCAUUGGUUUGAACGUGAUGGUGCUCAUGAACAUGUUCAUUGCCAUCAUCAACGACUCCUUCGCUGAGAUUCAAGAGGAAACUGCUGAGAUUCAAAACGAACUGGAAAUUAUCGAUUAUGUGACGACAAGCAUUUCAAAGGGUUUCGACAAGGCAUUCAAGCGCGGUAAAGUCGCACCUGCGAAGAAGAAGAGACGAAAACAAAAACGAAAGUCGAAGAAACAAACUCCUGAGGAGAAGAUCUACUCCAAGUUGGAUGGACGUGUGAAGAAAUUAGAGCUGUUCAUGGAUAUUAUAGAUCGAAGUCUGGGAGAAGAUGAAAUCGAGGAGAAACGAUUUCAUUCUGUACCAAGAGAAAAGCAACAGGAUUUAUGUUUUCGCGUAUUGUGUUUGAUGGAAAGUGCACUUGGUGUCGAUGAAGAAGAACACAACAAAGAAGAUGAAGGGAACGAAGACGUGCCUGAAACACAGUCAGAUGCCGACGACCGAAGUCAAAUUGUAUGA